CAAAAAACGGUACUUUUAAAUUCAACAGUACUAACGUAGAAUUAGUUCGUCUCAUAUACUAGUAUAAUACGACAAUUGAAUUACAUACUUGUAUUUUUCAUGAAUACAGGUCGUCUGGUAAGUAAUCUACAUGUUUAUUUGUAUACAUAACGGCAUUUAAACGAAUAAAUCUUCAGAUGGCUCAGGUAACUUUAAUUUACAUUAUCAUUCUAAAAAUCAAUUUAAUUAAGGGUUGAUAGUAACGUACUAUAAAAGCUUCAAACGGCACUGAUGUGUACUCGUGCUCGUAUUUAAAGGUCCCCCCAAAAGCUGAGCAGGUUAAACAUUUGUUGGUGCAUUGUUUUCCCCACACAACAAGUGCGCGUUUUACGAGACCAGAGCCCGUCACUGCAAGGAUUUUCUCACGUUGGUUCCCUUGUAUUAAUUUUUCACGACUUAUCAAUACCUCCGAUUGACAGAUCGCUAUUGAUUUUUCUACACAAAAAACAUCAAUCAAAACAGAGAUUACAUAGAGAACCGCCGAACCCCGAGCCGAUAAGCCGGGGGUGAUAGCACUCUGGUCGACGCUCCGACAUCUGUGAGCCAAGCUUCAUCGUGUUAUUAGCGGGGGAAUAUGUCACCGGAGUAUCGACAAUAUUUGACGUCAGCAUUACGUGAGCGUUGGCUCCACUCGGCCCCCCGGCCUGACAUGGGAAAGACGGUCUCACCCCACCGCCUACCUCUCCACAUCAUACGGAGAAACCUCCAGAACAGGGACACGUGUAGUGCGCAUGCGUCCUUACGGAAUUGGAUGAGUGAGGAGGAACAAGAGAAAAAGCAUAAAUGGAGGAAAGAUUUCGAACACAAGUGGAAAAACGAGAUUGUUAAAAGAAACGCCGUGUACCAGGACCGCCUGCCGUACUGCCGCCGUGUUCAUGUCCCGCCGGCCCCCGUCCGUCAACUGUCCGCCAGCUCUAACGUGGAUACCCAGCCCUUCUUCUACACCAGUCACUCCCCCCGGCCACGCUCCUUGAAGGAGAGGGAGAGGGUCAGCCGACACUUCAUCAACCCCGAGUGGAGGUCCGAGGACAUCUCCUGGGUCCGCUUCGAUCAGCCCAACACCCGGAACAUCGACAGACUCAGCCUGUUCUGAACUUGUUGCUGUAAUUGCGAACUAUUUAUUUAAAUUGUUUACCAUUAAUUCAACUAUGAACUGAUUUAUUUUAAUUGUGAACUAUAUUAAUUUUCAUUCUGAAUUGAUUUCGUUCAGCUGUGAACUAUUUAUUUUGUGAACUGUUUUAUUUUUGGACAGCUUGUGCCAAGAUACUAUAGUGAUGUCCAUUUAUUUUAAACAAUAUUUUAUUAUCAAAGUAACACAAAGGAUUGCACAACCUAUAUAAUUCCUCUCCACAAUUCAAAGUCAGACAUGCUUAAGUUACUUUCAUUGAUAUUGAUGUCAUGUGUCAACAGAACGGGGAUCGAAUAAAAUCCGUUCUAGAAA